AAAAGUUUGAGCAUUCUAAUUCAGAAAAUAAUGUUAAAUUAAUAAUGUUUUUCCGCUCAUACACUAUACUGAAAAUGUUGCGCUGUGUUGUGCUCGUUACAAUGUUACCGUACCAAUUACGGCGUGUUUAAACGGAAAAAGUGGCGAGCAGGGUUUUGCCUGCGUCGAAGAUCGAGGACUCAGUACUCACCCAUCACUGAUAAAGCAAUAAUCUAUUAUCUAUACGUAGUAAACCGAAUUUCCAGGUUUUUGAGUAAUUUGGAAAGAUGGAGAACAAACCGCCGCGAAAGCCUGGAAGGGGCAAGAAGAAUGUGAAGAAGGAAGGCCAGUAUGUGCCAGGCAUCGGAAUGACUCCUGUUCCGCUGGGAACUGCGUGGAACGUCGACGAGGGAGCUUCAUCAAGCAGCCAGUACGGCCCAGACGGAAGACCGUUAAACAAUCGUCCAGGCGGGGCUAACGGUGCAGGGCCUUCCAAGAAGGACCAUGAAGAGCGACUGGUGGAGUAUCGUGAUGAAGAGGACGGUCUGGUUAUGGGGGAGACCUUCAUGGAGUACAUGCCAGCCAAGCUGAAAAUCGGAAUGAAACAUCCGGAUCACGUUGUCGAAACGACUUCACUGCGCAGUGUGGCACCCCCUGAUAUCAAGUAUGAAUUGCAUUUGCCCAAAAAUAUUAUUGAGGGCGGAAAGCUCUCCGCUCUUCAGCUGGAAGCGGUCGUUUAUUCCUGCCAGCAGCACGAAUCAUUGCUGAAUAAUGGCACCCGUGCCGGAUUUUUAAUAGGCGAUGGCGCCGGAGUUGGAAAAGGGCGCACCAUAGCUGGAAUUAUUCUGGAGAACUAUAUCUGCAAGAACAAAAAAUCUCUUUGGUUCAGUGUGUCGACAGAUCUGAAAGUGGAUGCGGAACGAGAUCUGAGCGACAUCGGAGCAGAAUAUAUCCCCGUUUAUCGACUGGAAAAGCAAACUUACAACUCUCUUCCAUACAGUGAAGGUGUGAUGUUUGCUACUUACUCAGCCCUGAUAUCGCGGACCGGCAACAAAAAAGGGAAGUAUCAGUCCCGUCUGGACCAGCUGAUUGCGUGGUGUGGACCAAAAUUCGACGGUGUCAUUGUGUUUGACGAAUGCCACAGAGCUAAGAAUCUCUGCCCUGCGAAGGACGCUAAACCCACAAGAACGGGAAUCAAUGUUGCUGAACUUCAGAAACGACUGCCAGGAGCCCGCAUUGUUUACGCCAGUGCUACAGGCGCUUCGGAACCCCGAAAUAUGGGUUAUAUGGUCCGACUCGGAUUAUGGGGGGAAGGCACGCCUUUCGAAGAUUUCUCUAAAUUUAUGGCGUCUAUUGACAAGCGUGGAGUGGGAGCAAUGGAAUUGGUGGCUAUGGAAAUGAAACACCGCGGAAUGUACAUUGCUCGCCAGCUAAGUUUUGAAGGGGUUUCGUUUGUGGUACAGGAAGUGGAGUUGAAGGAAGAUUUUAUUCAGUUGUACGAUCGGUGCUGUAAAUUCUGGAUUCACGUGGAAGAGCAGUUCGAACAGGCAAUGGUCUUAGCUCAUAAGAACUCGAAAAAGGAGUCUUUCAUAGUUUGGCUUCAAUUUUGGGGAACACACCAGCGCUUUUUUAAGUAUUUGUGCCUAUCAUCGAAAGUCGAGGCAGCUGUAGCUGCGGCAAAUAAGGCUGUUGAGGAAGGAAAGUGUGCUGUCAUUGGCCUCCAGUCUACUGGUGAACAUAAAACAGAUCAAAUGCGCUUGGCUCUUGAGGAGGAUGGUGAAGAACUGACCGACUUCAUAUCCACUGCACGGGCUGUAUUCAUGAGCUUGAUGGAGAGGUUCCCGGAUAAAAUGAGCGACGGUGCCGGCGGGCGUGGGGGUCGGUUUCGUUUUGAUAAUGAUGAUGAUAGUGAAGCAGAGCUGAGCGAUGAUCUGAAUGAACUUGCCGAAGAGCUCGGAGAUGCCAUGGAGGAGGCCGGAUUAGACAGAGGAUUGGCAAAUUUGGAUCGACAAAACGUGAAUAAACUGCUGAAAAAGAAGAAAAGCGAUCUGAUUGAAGAGUUCGAGACUUUCGCUGACCGGUUGCCAAAGAAUAUGCUGGAUGAAUUAGUUGACCAACUGGGAGGUGCCGAUAAAGUUGCAGAAAUGACCGGGCGUAAAGGCCGUAUGCUGAAAAAUGAACAUGGAAUUGCCCACUAUGACAAGCGAAUGUGUGAUUUGGACGUCGAAUCUUUGAAUAUAGCUGAGAAGGAGCAUUUCAUGCGUGGACACAAAGUGGUUGCGAUCAUCAGUGAGGCGGCUAGUUCCGGAAUAUCCCUCCAAGCUGACCGUCGGGUUGCCAAUCAGCGCCGACGUGUGCACAUCACGCUGGAAUUGGCUUGGAGCGCCGAUCGUGCCAUUCAGCAGUUUGGUCGAACGCACCGCUCAAAUCAGACAUCCGCCCCGGAAUACGUCUUCCUGAUUAGUAAUGUAGCCGGAGAGAAGCGGUUUGCUAGUGUUGUAGCCUCGCGAUUGGAGCGUUUGGGAGCGUUAACUCAUGGAGAUCGUCGUGUGACGGAAACGAGGGACCUGUCACAGUUCAACAUUACGAACAAAUUUGGUAGAUCCGCGCUAAUGGACACGAUGAAGACAUUCACGCGGGAAAAGUACAAUGUGGUGAAAUUCCCAGAAAACUUUGAAGGAAAUUUUGUGGAAGUUAUGCAGAAGGCAUUGAGAGAUGUUGGCUUGCUGGAAUAUCAUCCAAAGAAUGGAACCCAUAAAGUUGUCAACUCCUUUAAAAUCGACAAGUUCAUGAAUCGCAUCCUCGGGUUGGAAAUCUGGCUUCAGUCGGCCUUGUUCCAGUAUUUUGUCGACACAUUGGAUGCUGUCGUUCACAAGGCUAAAGAAGAGGGAAAAUAUGAUCUCGGCACUAUGGAAUUAGGUACACCAACGCGCUGUGCAAAAUUGGUGAAGCGAUUAUGUUUCGAAGCCAAGGAUAAAGAAAAGAGUGUCACUUUUGUCUACACCGUGGAGACCGAACGCGGCAUGAGUUUCCAGGAUGCCAAAAAGUUGCUUGAUGAUAAUCCUGGUCCCAAUAACGGCUUUUAUUCAUCAGAAGUAUUAAAUGCGCCACGCAGUUACAUCUUUCUGGCCAUUGGCUCUUCUGUUACUUAUGGAUUUUCGAAAAAAAUUGUAAUGUUCAACUUGUACCGUCCUAACACCGGUCAUCAAGUGCAGCAGUGGCCAUUAGAGGAUGUUCGUACGAAGGGAACGCGUCUUGAAAUUGGAGUGGCGGAGCGCACUUGGACUGAAUAUUACAAUGCAACCAGUGAGCGUUGUCAGCAUGCAUAUUUAUACGGUCACUGCAAGCGCGGCAUGGAGUGUCUUGUGGGGCAGCGUAAGCGCCGCGAUUUUAUCCUCAGCGGAAGUGUUUUGAAUAUUUGGCAACAGCUGGAGAGAGUAUUCGAUAACGCGUCAAGCGCACAGAUCCGCCGGAUGCAGAUUGUGCGUGCAAUUUUUAUUGCCAGACGAGUUAUCGGUAUCAUGCUGCCAAAUCAUUCGUAUUACACGAUUAUGGAAUCUAUCAUGGAAACUUUGGGUGAUCCAAUUGACGAUACCAAAGCUGCGAUUGAGGAAAUGGCCAAAGAGGAAGAGCGGAUUAAUUUCACUCCCUAUCGCCCGGCUCUGUCUCAAGUUGUUACCGGUUCCAUGAAGCCAUCCGGUGCUAAUAAAGCAAAGCCGUCCACCUCGAAAAUGGACUGGGAUGCGGAGUACGAUACAUCGGAACUGUCUUCGUCAGAUGCUUCUGUCAAAUCGGAAAAAUCGGAGAGAGCGAAGAAAUUGAAGAAGAAGCCUGUGCGACCCCGUGUAUUUGAAAGCGACUCAGAACCGGACACGGUCAUAGAGAAAGCGUCUGUUCCAGCUGUGAAAAAGGAGCUGUCAAUUCCAUCAGUUAAGACAGAGCUUUCGGUGAAAAAAUCGGAGAAUACUGUGAAGAAGGAAUCGCAACCAAAGAAAGCCGAGCCGCGUGAUGUCAAACCAAAAGUUGAGGAUGAUGUGAUUUGUUUGUCAUCCGACGAAGAGAACCCAAGACCGAUCCCGCUCGGCAAGCCACGCAGUAUUAAGCCUGUGAGAAAUGCGAAGAUCACGGAAGUGUCUUUGUGUGGAAGUGAAGAAGAAAAAGUGCAAGCAAAAAAAACGACCAAAGCUGUUACCAAAGCUGUUAUACUGGAUUCGGAUUCCGAGGAAGACAUUGGGAAGUUUGUCUUUAACACCAGAAAGCCAACGAAAACCAAAAUUCUGCAUUUACUCUCCAGUGAUGAGGACGAUGUUAAGAGUGCGGGAUCUCCGAAGAAAGCUGCCACUCCAAAGAAGUCACCAUUUAAAGGCCAGUCGUACAAAUCUGUUCCAGUAGCCGGUACACCGAAAAAGUUUAAGCAGCUGAAGUUCGGCGUUAAAGAGGAAGUGGAAGAAAGCAAGCCAGCAAAAAGCGAAAAACGGGUUGGUGGGUUAGUCGAUAAGGAACUGCGGUUGAAGUCACUGGAUGGCAGCAUGUCGCGGAAUGAUUCAAAAUUUGAUGUGGUGGAUCUCAUAUCAGAAGACGAAGAUUCUGUGCUUGAACCGAUUGCUACGAAGAAGAAAAGUGAAAUUGGGUCGGCUUUGAGCCCUUUGAAGACUUUGAACGUUGACACUGAUCGACGCCCGAUGGCAUCUCAAGGCAGCUCCAAGAGUCUCGAUUUGGAUUCUGACGUGGAAAUGCUGGAGAAUGAUGUUUUUUCUGCUGGAAUGGGAGUGAAGAAGGGAGCAAGCUUCAAAAUGGAGACCGAUGACGAGAGUUUAAUUGAACAGGGGGUCAAGCGUCUCUUGAGUGAAUAGAUCCAAAGAGGUGUACGUUUGGAUUUGCAGACAUUUUCGUUAGCCUAUUUUAGGUUAUUUCCUGUAUAGAUGUAUUAUAUCACGUGGUGUAGAAUUGCGCACCGGUAUUUUUUGUUAGCGUUCCUUUUUGCACAGAAACACCGGAAUAUCUUGCGUGAUGGUUAGAAUUUUCCUUUUGAAUAAACAAAGAUACUCUGUAAAUGGCCUGGAGACAAUUUGGAACAAUUCGAAUAGAGUUAUUUUGUGAUUGA